AUGGCCUCGCUCUCGUAUCUGCAAAAGUAUCUCACUCAAGAAAAGCCUACAAAGAAGCGCAAGAGAUCCCAGGUCAAGGAUGCCGAUCUGGGCGGAUGGGGCGAUGAAGCGCGGCCUGCUACAGAAGAAGAGGCCCCUCUCGUUGUAGAGACGGUGGACGUGCGCUCUGCAGGCUUCAAGCCAGCGUAUGCUGCUCAGAAAGAAGACUUAGCGCUAGCUGAACCCUCUCAAAUGAGCUCAGGUGCGCGAGCAGGACUGCAGACAAAAGCACAAGUCAUGGCAGAUGUGGAGGCCAAACGCAAACGGGAGCGUGAUCGCAUGCAGGUGACGCAGCAAGAAGGGAGGCAGGCAGAGACAGUGUAUCGGGAUGCAACAGGUAGGCGCAUCGAUCUGUCCUUAGCGAAGCGGGAAAAGGCUCAAGAGGCCAGGCAAGAGGCGAUACGGCAGCAAAAGGAGAAGGAGCUCAUGGGAGGUACGGUGCAGCAAGACGAGAGGCAGGCACGGCAGCGUGCACUGGAGCAAGUCAAGACGGAAGCCUUCAGCAGACGGAUAGGCGAUCUGCCCAAGGAGGACAAGGUACGCUGGGAAGAUCCAGCUGCGGGCUUCCUGACGUCUAACAAGGGGUCAUCCACCUCCACGCCCAAGUACAAAGGGGCCUAUGCCCCGAAUCGCUUUGGGAUCUCACCUGGGUAUCGCUGGGAUGGCGUUGACCGUGGCAAUGGCUUUGAAGCACGCCGGUUUCGCAAGCUCAACGAGGUCUCCGCCCAAAAGCAAGAGUAUGCACGUUGGGCCACUGAAGACAUGUAA